ACCAGCUACUCCUUAUCUCUUGUUUCAUUCCUGUUUUUUUUUUUUUUAUUUGAUGUUUAUUAUUUUGCUUCUCUCUUGUGACUUAGGUUAUUUUGAUAAUUACCAUUAUUAUCAUAAUUCCUUUGUUUUGUUUUAUCAUGAUUAGGUAAAGCUGUUACCUUUCCUCUCUACAUAUAGUUACUCAAUUGAUGUUAAACAAACCAAACCUUAAUUAACUUUAAGUUUCCUUUGUUCAUCCUUUGUGUAUUUGAUUGUAGAACUCCCUUGGUGAUUGGACAGUCAUCUCAGGUUUCCAGUGAGCAAGGCUGCCCGACCGGUGUUACCGAUACUGGCUGCGAGUGAAACUCGGUCCCUCUUGUCUCAAGAGACAUCAGCAAUUUUGGCACUCCAAAGGUUGUGCUAAAAGUCACAAGCCGUUCGAGACGGCGCCACGCCAGAGUAACGGAGGACCGGGGACACUGCAGUUCAGUGUUUGGGGAGCACCGGGGAGGUUGACCAAGCCACUGGUUCCCACCUGAAUGACUUCAAUUCACCCAGGUGAACCAAAAGUGAUAAAACCUAUCCACUUAUUAUAAUCCACAGAAUAUUAGAUAUUCCCCCGGAUAUAUUUUAAGUGUUUAACCCUUUUGCUUCUUUAAGCCACACCAUAUUUCUAGGUUUCCUACCCAACUCACCUGUUGGCCCUAUCUUAAAAACCUAGCAGUAGGCUUAGGCCUCCUCAUUCUCACUAACACAUUGUGUUUCUAUUGUUUGUAUCUCAUUUCAAGUGUUGUUUCACUUUGAUCUUUUUCUACCCUCUGUUCUGUUGUGAUUUGUUUCUUUCAUUUCACAUAGAGACAGUAACCUGGGAGCCACCAACGAAGUUAAAUAGUAGAGCGACCACCAGCAGCCGGUGUCAUCACACGACCCGCUAGGCUACUGCCUGUCAAAUCUCCAUUUCAGGUCCUUCGUUGACCCAAGUUAAUUGGCUACUUAACUGGCUGACUGUUUGCAUCAGUCAGCCCCAAAAUUCUCAUAAACGGCACAGCCCGUAUGAAUAUAGCUCGUUAAACGUAGAACGAACUUGCAUUGGUCUUUUUGUGUGUGUGUGCUGUGCUUCUCUCGCCGACAGAGAAUCAGGAUGUUCCAGGCAUCCAGUCCAGCAGUCCACGGGGGCCACCUCUCGACAUGGUUGAAAGCAGUGACGACCCCCUUCCUGCCCAAGGACGCCAGUAACCUGCAGCACCCAGAGCAACUAGACACCGAGCUAGAUGAACUGAUGGCACGCGAUCCAAACCAAAGCGACUACUACAGAGAACUCGCCAGGAUCUUCGGAAGCCUAGUUCCCAUUCUCGUCGCCCAGGCACGGCUCAGUGAACGGAGCAACAUCGCGGAGGAUGCCUGGAAGGACCAGGCCCCAACCCAGAGUCAUCUUGAUCAGCUUCUCCUCGAGACCCAGAACCAGCGCGAGAAAGAGGACGACACAGAUCCAGAGCUACAGAAAGGAGUUGAAAGACUUCACAAUGCCCUGCAAGAUCUUCGCCUCGACACAGAUCAAAGAGAACAGCUGGAGAGAGAAGCCAGAAAAGAACUCAAAAAAAAACUCCAGCAAGGCGACGCUCUCCUAAACAGAGCAGAGACUGAACUGAAAGAAAGAGACUAUAAAACCUGGGCCUGCAAAACACACUUGCAAGCGGCCCGAGCUAAAUUCAACAAGCUUACUCUGCAGAGAGAUGAGCUCCAAGAUGAACUUGACACUGUUCACACCGAACUGAGACAAUCUCACAGAUUACAGAGUGGCUGGAUCGGAGAAACGCACACCACAAAAUUUCUCCCGGGCCGCCACUCCAACCCUUUCAGCCAGGAACCCAGAGCUGGAAAAGGGGGUGUAAUCUCCCUUCUAAGGAAAUCACCAGCCAGCUUACAAGAACAUCUGUCAACAACGGAGGGAAGAGAACCCUUCCAGAGAACGCAUGUCACCAAACCCUGCACUGCUCACAGAGAACUUCACAAGCUAGCCAGAAGCAUCUCUACAUUCAUUCCAGAUCCUGCAGGAGGACAUGACGUGAAUGCUUCUUUACAAGCCAUUGACUUUCAUGUGCAAACUGUCGCCAACGUGACAGAUGUGAACACAUUGUACCUGUUAAAAAUCACGUCCAGCCAUGAUGUGCAUUGUUUUCUGGAUCGUCAACCAGAGACUGUCAAAGCGUACUACCAGCAACUGCCACAGACUUUGAUUCUUGAAUUCUCUGAUCCAAACUCAGACCAUGGGCUCCUUAUUGCUAUGGACCUCAAACAGGGCCGAUUUGAAAACCCACAGACUUUCUGUAGUCAGCUACGAAACACCCACUUCGGAGCAUGCAACGAACCAGGUAUGGAACAGGAUUUCAACUUAAAAACUCUGUUCCUCCCAAACCUACAUGCCAGUUGGAGUUUUCAUCUCAGAGUGCCAGCGUGUCCCCGUAACAGGACUACACAAGAGUUACGGAACUUAGCCCACAAAGCUUGCACCAAGCAAAAGACUAUUUGUGAAAAGACUGUGAAAAAACUCAAAGUCUCUGUCUCUGAGCACUGCUUGGAGUUAACCCUAGAUGGCACCCUACAACACCACAGUCACAGACAUUUUUACAGAGAGUCAAUACCGCUCCAAGCCAGCAGAGGGCAACACAAUCGUAAUGGUGCUCAUCCAACGCACCAGAGCGAGCAAUUCCUACCAUCCAGGACACAAAGCCCCAACAUCCGGCAGUGGAACCACUCUCGACUCGACACUGGUAAGCUCAGUCCUGAGCCCACGUCAGAAAAACACAGUGCAGCCACGUCUGAGACAGCAGAGAUCCUGAGGGUGCUGAAAGAUCUUCUUCACAUGAAAACUCACAAGGAAGAUGAGCCAAGCACCCAGAACACUGCCCGUCAUCUACAGACCACAGAGCUAACUGUUACAGCACAAAGUGACAACAACACCCAAGCUCCACAGUCAACAGCUGCACACCCUGAACGAGACAGCACAGGUCCUCACACCAGGUACCACAAACACAAGGUACCAGAAAACGCUGUUUUGACUACCUGCCUUCGCAGCGAGCUACACAAGACCGGUCCUCACCAACCACAGAUCGUCACACCUGCCCUGAUGCCAACAUUCCUGGGCAGCCUUGUCAAAAAGGGGGUGGGCCGAAAAGGAGUCAACAGGGAAGACCUGAUCGACACAGGAUUAAACCUGACGGUGAUCUCAUCUUACCUUUUCAAAAGACUCCAAUUUGAAGCUAAGAGACAAGAUCGAACUCUUACACCUCAAACUUAUGAACUGAAUGUACAGGUGUACAGACAGGAUGACAUCCAGUUUGAACAGGUUGUUCCCAUUCACCUGACAUUCGUUCCGAUGAGUCUAAUACAUCCCAUGUAUGUCCCACCAAUGAACACUCACACAUUGCUCAUCGACAAAGACCUGCUAGAACACUUUGACCCUUUUCUGAACUUCAAACAGCUAAAAGACUUUGCUCAAGUGCGAGAACCUCUUUCUCUCCAGCCACACAGGUUGCUAGAGCCAGACUGUCAGGUCACAGAGGUCACGGGAACCCCAGCAGCCAGCCAUGAGUACAACGCCCUAACAACAGGCCCAAGUUCAAGCCUCUGUACCUUAGUCAACAAACAGGGUACGGUGGUACCAGCUUACACCAAAGGGGUCGCUGUUCGGCUCAACCUGCAAGGUGGUCAAACCUUACACCACACGCUGGGUUUCUUCCAAUCCUCACCUGAAUGUGUGGAACUCGGACUCACACUUGCAAACAACAAGCAUGUCAAACACCAACACCUGUUCCAGCAAUGUGAUAACAUCACAAAAACACACAAUGUGAUCGUGUACUGGAAGAAGGUAAAAGGACACUCGAAGUUACCAAGUCUAGACGAGGACUUUAAAGAUCACACUGACACCCUUGCCAAAACUGGCACACUAAACAACAUUCUGUGGUCACUCCCAACCCAACCCACCCACAUUCAAGGUUGA